AUGGCUGCAAGGCCUGGCACUGGGCUCUCGUCUUCAGCAGUGACCCUGACCUCUGGUCAAGGACCGACCAUUGUUUGCGAUCAUUUGAGGUUUAAGGACUUGGGCCUGGACAUGAAGAGCUUCCCCUUCUGCGACAAGUCGUUAUCGUAUGGUGUUCGCGUGAAGGAUUUGAUCGACAGGAUGACAUUGGUGGAGAAGGUGGGGCAGAUAGGGGACCAAGCUACCGGGGUCCCUCGCCUGGGGCUCCCCAAGUACGACUGGUGGUCGGAGGCUCUGCAUGGAGUGGCGUAUGUUGGCCAUGGAACUCACUUCGACGAUAUCGUCCCGGCUGCCACCAGCUUCCCAGAAGUAAUCCUAAUGGCAGCGUCUUUCAAUGAAUCUCUCUGGAAGGCUAUAGGCCAGGUGGUUUCUACCGAGGCCAGAGCCAUGAACAAUCUGGGUUUGGCUGGCCUAACAUUCUGGAGCCCGAAUAUCAAUGUGGCUAGGGAUCCAAGAUGGGGGAGGAUCAUGGAGACACCUGGGGAAGACCCAUAUACGGUGGGACGCUACGCCGUGAACUAUGUCAGGGGCCUUCAAGAUGUCGAGGGAACCACUCCUGGCACCAACACAACAGAGGAGGACUUGAACACAAGGCCCCUCAAAGUUGCUGCAUGCUGCAAGCACUACGCAGCUUAUGAUGUCGAUAAUUGGCAAGGUGUCGACCGCUACCAUUUCGACGCGAGGGUGACAGAGAGGGACAUGUUAGAGACGUUCGUCCGCCCCUUUGAGAUGUGUGUGCGGGACGGCGAUGUCAGCAGCGUCAUGUGCUCUUACAACAGGGUCAAUGGCAUACCUACAUGCGCAGAUCCCAAGCUUCUCUCAGAGACCAUUCGAGGAGAAUGGAACCUCCAUGGGUAUAUUGUUUCUGACUGUGAUUCACUGGAAGUGAUGCAUCAUGGCCACAAAUUCCUCAAUGACACCCCAGAGGACACUGUGGCACAAACCCUCCGAGCAGGAUUGGAUUUGGACUGUGGACUCUAUUUCACCAAAUACACCAAUUCUUCAGUUUCCCAGGGCAAGGUCAGACAGGCUGACAUUGAUAAGGCCUUGAACAAUUUGUACAUGGUACUCAUGAGGCUGGGCUUUUUUGAUGGAAGCCCUGUUUAUGCAGGCCUCGGCAAGUCCGAUGUGUGCUCUGACUCCAAUAUUGAGCUAGCGGCAGAGGCUGCUAGGGAAGGCAUAGUCCUACUCAACAAUUCCAUGGGUGGCCUUCCUCUGAACAAGCUCAAACAUAAGAAUGUCGUGGUGGUCGGUCCCCAUGGCAAUGCCUCCAAUGCGAUGAUCGGGAAUUAUGAAGGAUAUCCGUGUAGAAAUAUGACCCCUCUCAUAGGACUUUCAGAGUAUGCCAAUGUAAGUUAUGAACCUGGAUGUGCAGACAUAAAUUGCCUGAACAUGACCCUGUUUCAUCGGGCUGUAACGGCAGCAAAAAACGCUGAUGCCACCAUCCUCCUCAUGGGAAUCGACUUGUCGGUGGAGGCUGAAGGCCGUGAUAGGAAUGAUCUUCUCCUUCCCGGUUACCAACAUCAAUUGAUCAGUGAGAUUGCGGAUGCCGCCAAGGGGCCUGUCAUUUUGGUCAUUUUGUCUGCUGGAGGUGUCGAUAUUUCCUUUGCCAUGGACAACCCCAACGUAUCUGCAGUUGUGUGGGCCGGUUAUCCGGGUGGUGAAGGAGGGCGUGCCAUCGCUGAUGUAAUCUAUGGGCAUUACAAUCCAGGUGGCCGGCUCCCCAUCACAUGGUACCAAGCAGACUACGUACACCAGUUCCCCAUGACAUCAAUGCCGUUGAGACCCAUCGAUGAUUUGGGAUAUCCCGGAAGAACCUACAAGUUCUUCUCUGGCAAACCCCUCUUCCCCUUCGGUUACGGCCUGAGCUACACUAGUUUUAACUACACCUUAAAAACUGCAACCAAGAGCCUGGCGAUCCACUUGGGGAAGUAUGUACAAUGUCGACAACUAUCGUACGCUGAAAGUGUCAAACCACCCCCGUGCCCUGCCGCUCUUGUUUCUGAUUUGAGUUGUGCUAAGACCUUUGAGAUCGAAGUCAUAGUGCAAAAUGUCGGCACGAUAGGUGGCAGCCAUGUGGUCAUGGUUUACACUGUGCCGCCUUCCGGGUUGUUAGGCAUGCCCCUUAAGCAGCUCGUCGGGUUUCAGAGGGUGUUUGUGUCCGCGGGUGGCAGUGAGGUGGUGAAGUUUAAGCUGAAUGGAUGCCAGAGUUUCACUGUGGUGGAGGAGACGGCGUACCAAGUUGUGCCGGCUGGAGUAAGCACGGUGCUCAUCGGGGACGAUAAAGUGUCUGUUUCGUUUCCCCUUGAGCUGCAAUUGCAUUAUUAG